AUGGGCCCCUGUACCGCCUCCUCAUGCUGCUGCCAGGCCCGUAAUCUGUCAUGGGCCCCUGUACCGCCUCCUCAUGCUGCUGCCAGGUCCAGAGUGUGUCAUGGGUCCCUGUACGGCCUCCCAUUGCUGCUGUCUCCAUCGCCACACUCUGCCAUGUGCCACUUUCAGGUCUCCUCACACUGCUGGUGGGUUCCAUUUUGUCAUAGGGUGCUGGCAGAUUACGGGCCUCCCAUUGCUGCUGCCAGGCCCGUAAUCUGUCAUGGGCCCCUGUACCGACUCCUCAUGCUGCUGCCAGGCCCGUAAUCUGUCAUGGGCCCCUGUACCCAAGCCUCCUCAUGCUACUGCCAGGUCCAGAGUGUGUCAUGGGUCCCUGUACGGCCUCCCCAUUGCUGCUGUCUCCAUCGCCACACUCUGCCAUGUGCCACUUUCAGGUCUCCUCACACUGCUGGUGGGUUUCCAUUUUGUCAUAGGGUGCUG